AUGGCCUAUUCAGACCAAAAGCCCCUCUGGAAAGAGGAGAACCAAGUCCCUCCCUCUCUCCUCAGUCCUCGCCAGAAUCGGCGCCUGAAACGGUCUCUGCACGCUUUGUACACCCUCGCCUUUCUUGUCAUUCUUCUCCUCAUUGGCUUCGUCUACCUGACCGUCCAACUGGGCAAAGACCGUGACCUCGCCCUCCACCUGCAAGAGCAGAUCCAAGCUUACGAGCAACACGGCACCAACCCUCUCACCAAACGUUUCCUGCCGUGGUACCUGGCCGCUGCAUUUUGGACGACCAACCAAGUCUUUGCCUUCUGGGGACUGGCCAACAGCUGCUCUGGCUUCAACGAGAACAACACCAACAAGGCCUUUUGCAUCUGGGGCGCCAUUUCCACCACCGUCACCUUCAUCGGAGCGUAUAAGAAUGGCGCCACGAUCACCAAGGCCAUCAAGGAACACUGGGCCAACAACGCCUUCAACACCGGCUGGAAGCGCGACGAGGUGAUCUCCGAGGUGGAAGCCGGGCUGACCCAAGCCUUCGGACUGCCUGUUUCUUUCGACGGACACAUGCGCCACGAUCAUCCCAAGCUGUCUCUCCUCGGCUUGGAGGAGGGCAUGCUCUGGCCGGUCUUCCACAUGUACAACCACCACAACACCAGCAUGCACGUCACCGUCACCGGCUACCACGACACCCACUCCGUCAUGUCCAUGGGCUUCGGGCCCAAGAGCAACAAGACGGCCGUCCAGAAACGCGACUCCUACGAGAACGACUACUUCACCAGCGGCGGGAUUGACUUUACCGACUGCUGGAACACAGAUCAGAACCACGAGGCGCUGAACACGGGCUCGGAUUUCGACCAGGUGGAUAAGGAUGUCCAGUGCUAUUUCCCGGAUUUGUCGACGACUUGGGGCACGCAGAUUCAGCUGUAUGAUACGAAUGUUGGGGGGACGAUUGGGGCUGGGUCGAUUGCGCCGUUUAGGGGGAGUGACCAUGCCAGCAGUAUCAGUGUGAUGCCAGGAUGUCCGGCUGGAAUUACAGGCAGUAGUGCUUGUAGACGUGCAUCUUGA